CCCAGAGGAGAAGAGCGGAGAGAGCUGCAGGAAUCCACCGGCCUGGGGCAGCCUGGGACUAGCCUGCUUGUUUUCUUAUGCACCCGGAGGGGAGUAGGUACAGGGGGGGUUAAAAAAAAUGGGUGAAUCGUUCACAUAUCACCCACCUUAUGGAUACUGGAUCUGUACGGGGAGAUCAUGAAAGGGUCGGUUUUGCGAACGGAACGAGCUACAUUGUGUCCGCAACACAAAGUUUGAAUAUUUUCAAGACAUCCUCAAGAAGCUAACAGGCCUGAAUAAACAUGUCGGGAGAGGUGCGUUUGAAGAAGCUGGAGAAGCUGCUCCUGGAUGGCCCAGCUCAGUCUAAUGGCCAGUGUGUGAGUGUGGAAACCCUGCUGGAUAUACUGGUGUGUCUGUACGACGAGUGCAACAACUCCCCCAUCAGAAGGGAGAAAAAUAUCCUGGAGUUUUUGGAUUGGGCCAAACCUUUCACUUCCAAAGUGAAGCAGAUGCGUCUGCACAAGGAAGACUUUGAGAUCCUGAAGGUUAUUGGAAGAGGAGCGUUCGGUGAGGUUGCGGUGGUAAAAGUGAGAAACACGGAUAAGGUCUUUGCUAUGAAGAUUCUCAACAAGUGGGAAAUGCUCAAGCGAGCAGAGACGGCGUGCUUUCGAGAGGAGCGGGACGUUUUGGUGAAUGGAGACAGCCAGUGGAUCACCACCCUGCACUACGCCUUCCAGGACGACAACAACCUGUACCUGGUCAUGGACUACUACGUGGGUGGCGACCUGCUGACUCUGCUGAGCAAGUUUGAGGACCGACUGCCUGAAGAAAUGGCCAAGUUCUAUCUUGCUGAGAUGGUGCUGGCCAUCGACUCCGUUCACCAGCUCCACUACGUCCACAGGGACAUCAAGCCUGACAAYAUUCUGCUGGAUAUGAACGGCCACAUCCGCCUGGCCGACUUCGGCUCCUGCCUCAAGCUCAUGGAGGAUGGGACGGUCCAGUCCUCUGUGGCAGUAGGAACUCCAGAUUACAUUUCCCCCGAGAUCCUCCAGGCGAUGGAAGACGGGAAGGGAAAGUAUGGACCYGAGUGCGACUGGUGGUCCCUGGGCGUCUGCAUGUACGAGAUGCUGUACGGGGAGACUCCUUUCUAUGCAGAAUCCCUGGUGGAAACCUACGGGAAAAUCAUGAACCACAAGGAGCGAUUCCAGUUCCCACAGCAGAUAACAGACGUGUCGGAGGAAGCGAAAGAUCUGAUUCGCCGCCUCAUUUGCAGUCGGGAACACAGGCUGGGUCAAAACGGCAUUGAGGACUUCAAACAGCACCCGUUUUUCACUGGCAUUGACUGGGAGAACAUUCGUACAUGUGAGGCCCCCUACAUCCCAGAAGUCAGCAGUCCUACAGAUACCUCUAACUUUGACGUAGACGACGACUGUCUAAAGAAUUCGGAGACUAUGCCUCCUCCCUCKCACACUGCCUUCUCUGGCCAUCAUCUGCCGUUUGUGGGUUUCACCUAUACCAGUAAAUGUUUCCUGUCGGACCGGGGCUGCCUCCGACAGCUGGCCGUGGAUCCGGGUAAAGCAGGGCAGGACCAGUUGGACCUGGAUGUCCAGCGCAGGCUAGAGGACAGCCUGGCCACCGAGGCCUACGAGAGAAGGAUACGUCGCCUGGAGCAGGAGAAACUAGAGCUGAGUCGCAAACUGCAAGAGUCGACUCAGGCUGUGCAGGCCCUGCAGCACCCAACAGGCGAGGGACCAGUCAGCUCCAACAAGGAAGUGGAGAUCAGGAGCCUCAAGAGCGAGAUCGACAUUCUCAAGAAGCAGAUCGCAGAGUCAGGCCAACUGGAGAAGCAGCUGGAGGACGUGACGUUGGCGCGCAGGGACCUGGAGGACUCAUCCAAACACAUCAAGAGUCUGGAGAAGCAGAUGAAAAACCUCACACAGGAGAGGGAUGACUUACAGAAGGGCUUUGUGGAGGCGGCUGAGAAAAUGAAGUCCCAGUCUAAAGAGCUAAAGGAGGCCCACAGCCAGAGGAAGCUGGCCAUGCAGGAGUUUUCUGAGCUCAAUGAGAAGCUGACAGAGUUCAGGUCUGUAAAGCAGCGCCUGGUUCGCCAGCUGCGCGACAAGGAGGAGGAGAUGGAGAGCCAGAAUCAGAGGGUGGAGGCUCUCCGCCUUGAGGUGCGAAAGGCUGAGAGGGCCAAGAAGGAGAUGGAGGUUCAGGCYGAGGAGCAAGCCGCCGAGGCUCAGAAAGAGAAGAAGUUGAGAGARCGCAACGAGCAGUACAGUCGCCAGCUYGAGGAGGAACUGGAAGGACUUAAGGUGAAGCAGGUCGGCUCUCCGGCCGCUCCUACCUCAGCUGAUCAAACGCAGGAAGUGGGACGUCUGCGAGCGGAGAUGGAGAAGAAGACRCUGCUGUACGAAGAGGAGCUGGCRCGCAGAGAGGCGCAGCACAGCACCGAGCUCAAGGCGCUGCGCAAAGAGCUGAGGGACGCCGAGAGCCAGCAGCUCAACCUGCAGAAAGAGAUCCUGAUGCUGAAAGACAAACUGGACAAGAUCCGCCGGGAGAGCCAAAACGAGCGUGAAGAGUUUGAGACUGAGUACAAGCAGAAAUAUGAGCGUGAAAGAAUCCUCCUCACUGAGGAGAAUAAGAGGCUGUCCAGUGAAUUAGACAAGUUGAGCGGGCUGUUUGAGAAGGUGAGCAGCUCCAACCAGCAGCUGGAGGACGAGAUGAGGGAGCUGGCUGACAAAAAGGAGAGCGUGGCCCACUGGGAGGCCCAGAUCACAGAGAUCAUCCAGUGGGUGAGUGAUGAGAAGGACGCUCGGGGUUAUCUUCAGGCUUUGGCCACUAAAAUGACCGAGGAGCUGGAGGGUCUGAGAAACACCAGCCUUGGAGCGAGAGCAACGGACAUGCCGUGGAAAAUGCGACGCUUCGCCAAGCUGGACAUGUCGGCCCGUCUGGAGCUGCAGUCGGCGCUGGACACGGAGAUCAAAGCCAAGCAGAGCAUUCAGGACGAGCUGAAUAAAGUCAAGACGGAUGGCAUUUCCACCGAAUGUAAACUGAAGGAGGUGGAGAGUAGAAACCAGGAUCUGCUGGCUGAGAUCGAGCGGCUGAAGAAGGAGACAGAGGAGCUGCGGCUGCGAAGAGGUGUCAAGCACCAGGAUUCCCAGAAUUCCUUCCUGGCUUUUCUCAACGCCCCCACCUCGGCCCUCGACCAGUUCGAUGACUCUUAUUCCUCAUCCUCAUCUUCUUUAAUUGAGUUUUGGGAAGAUCGCUCGCCGUCCGUCGGCCCGACUAAAGGCAGACGUGUGGACUCCAUGGAUAACUUCACCCCCUCCAGCACUCCSUCUCGGGAUGACGACCCCAAGUCCCAUCUCAAGUCGCAUUCCCGUUCCCCUUCCAUGGCGAGCGACAUGGAGCCGAUAGAGCUGAUAGACCACCCWGGCCGAACUGUUCAGACCCCUACCAUGCGUUCAGGAGGUUACGGCAGCAUCGGACGCUCCUCACCAAAGCCCAAAGCACAUCAGUUUGUCGUCAAGUCCUUCAACGCUCCCACAAAGUGCAACCAGUGCACCUCCCUCAUGGUGGGGCUCAUCCGUCAGGGCUGCACCUGUGAGGUGUGUAAUUUUUCCUGCCACGUAACUUGUGCGGACAAAGCUCCAGCUGUGUGUCCCGUGCCCCAGGACCAGACCAARGGCCCGCUGGGCAUCGACCCCCAGAGGGGCAUCGGUACUGCGUACGAGGGCUAUGUGAGGGUWCCUAAACCCACUGGCGUGAAGAAGGGCUGGCAGAGAGCCAUGGCUGUGGUGUGCGACUUCAAACUGUUCCUCUAUGAGCUGGGCGAAGGGAAGGCCACCCAACCGAGCGUCGUCGUCAGCCAGGUGUUGGAUAUGAGGGAUGAGGAGUUUUCAGUCAGCUCCGUUUUGGAGUCGGAUGUCAUCCACGCCAGCCGCAAGGACAUACCCUGUAUAUUCAGAGUGACAGCGUCCCAGCUCUCCCCCUCCAGUAGCCACAAGGCGUCCAUCCUGAUCCUGGCCGACAGCGACCAGGAGAGGAACAAGUGGGUGUGUCUGCUCAACGAGCUGCACCGCAUCCUGAAGAAGAACAAGCUGAAGGAGCGCUUCGUCUACGUCCCCAAGGAGGCGUACGACUGCACCCUGCCCCUCAUCAAGACCACCCAGUCUGCUGCUAUCAUAGAUCAUGAGCGUGUCGCCCUCGGCAACGAAGAAGGCCUCUUUGUCAUCCAUGUCACCAAAGAUGGUAAGAUCACACUUUUUCCCAUCCUGCAGGUGAAUAAGGGGAAAUCUCGCCACCGAGUGCUGCGGGAGCUGCAGGCCCCGGGGCCCGUCCAGUGGAUGGGGCUGCUCAGCGAGCGUCUUUACGUGGGCUACCAGUCUGGCUUCACACGCUACAGUGUCCAUGGCGACGUGUCCCCAGUCAACCUGCUGCACCAUGAGGACCACACCCUGGCCUUCAUCCCGCAGCAGGGCCUGAGCGCGCUGUGCGCCGUGGAGAUCUCCAGCAAGGAGCUGCUGCUGUGCUUYAGCUGCAUCGGGGUUUACGUGGACUCUCAGGGUCGGAGGUCACGGCAACAGGAGCUCAUGUGGCCGGCUCAUCCCAACGCCGCCUGCUACAACGCCCCCUACCUGUCGGUGUACAGUGAGAAYGCCGUGGAUGUGUUUGAUGUGAAUACCAUGGAGUGGAUCCAGACCAUUCCUCUGAAGAAGGUGCGACCUCUGAAUGUUGAUGGAUCUCUGAACCUGCUGGGCCUGGAAACGGUGCGCCUGAUCUACUUUAGAAACAAGAUGGCUGAAGGGGAUGAGCUGGUCGUCCCGGAGACGUCAGACAACAGCAGGAAGCAGAUGGUGCGCAACAUAAACAACAAGCGGCGCUUCUCCUUCAGGAUACCAGAGGAGGAGCGACUGCAGCAGAGGAGAGACAUGCUGCGAGAUCCAGAAAUGAGGAACAAGCUGAUCUCCAACCCCACCAACUUCAACCAUGUGGCCCACAUGGGACCAGGAGACGGGAUCCAGAUCCUGAAAGAUCUCCCUAUGAACGUCCGUCUUCAGGAGACCCGGGCGGGGUUCAGCGGCUCCGUCAGCAUCCCCUCCAUCACCAAGAACCGGGCGGAGCCAGGCCGCUCCAUGAGCGCCAGCAGUGGACUGGGCAUACGCUCGUCGUCUCAGAAUGGCAGCGCUCUGCGUAGGGAGCUGUCCGGGGGAAGCUACGGGUCCAAACGUCAGACCAUGACCUCGCCCUCYGAGAGCUCCCUGUCCUCCGGCGGGGGAAUGGACUGCGGCGACGCUCCGCUCUCCCAGUUCGACAGAGAGGACUCGGACUCCCCCCGUCACUCCACGGCCUCCAACAGCUCCACCUUCAGCAGUCCCCCCAGCCCGGCGUCCCCACACAAGACCAAGUCCCUGUCCCUGGAGAGCACAGACCGGAUGGGCUGGGACACAUGAGCCCUCCCACCUGCCCCCCUCUCCCCAUUCAGCACAGGACUCCCUAACCUCGCCCCUACACCAACCCCUCCUCCUGCCUCCACUGCCCAGAGAACUGCAUCUCCCAUCCGCCGCUCCCUCCUCCUAAUAAACUGCCUCUGGACGUUGCUUCCUGAUUGGACGGAAACACUUCAACUCUGGGCCUUUUCGAGGGAAACCCCCACAUGAGUGAAUGAGAGAUGCACUAUGAUUAUCCAGAAUAGACACUGRCACUCUUCCCUACCCAGCCCCUCCUUCCCUCUUUAGAGAUUCGCAUAGACACGCCAAACUUUACGAUGCAACAGAAAAAAAUAAGAAGCGGAUUAUCGAUGAGAGAAAAUGAUUUGUAUUUGUACAUAGGACCAGCUGGGUUUCAGGGGGACAAUUUUAAUUUAUUUAUCAAUCUUAGGUGGGGAAGGUUAGGUUUGUUUCCAUGAGACACGAAGCAAACGUUUUCCCACAGUCGCUUUUUCUUUGGGUGUUGCGAAAAAUGUUGCRUAUUUAAAAUAAAAAAAAGGAAGUGAGAAAGAAAAGGAAUGAGUUUUAGUUUUCUCCUGAUACUCAGUGCAGUGACUUUAUAUUUUCUAAUUAUUCUUGUUAUUUUGAGCAUUUGCAAAAAACCUUCCUACUUCCUACUGUGCUACUCUCUUCCUCAUUGGUUAAUCCAGGGAGGCGUCCUCCGUCGUCGUAGCGUUAGACGUUCCACUUUGCUGUGCAACCAAACUGACCAACUCACUGACUCCCAUCGCGAUGAUGUACAUAGGUUCAAAGUAGAGUAAUAUAUGAUAAGGAAAAUACUAUAGAGAACUACACGGGGAAUGAGCAAAGAAAUCCUGAUUUGGUUUUCUGGUUUUUGUUUUGAGUGAUUUUGAGUUUUUAUUCACACAAAAAGCCAUUUUUAAACCACUUUGUUGUUUUUUUAAUCAGUUUUAUGAGUUAGUUUUAUAUUCUAAGUCUGACACGUUGUGUUGUGUUUUUGGUUUUUGUGUUUUUCUCCUCCACCCCCCAUUUAUGGACUGACACUACUGCUCAAACUMUCUAGGGGAAAAUGUGCAUUUCUCACCAACCUACUAUCACACAUGUAUCUACGCUCGUACACUGAGGUGGUGGUUUUACGCAGCAAACGCCUCAUCCCUAUGGCUCCUCUGGUCAUCCGAUGGGCCGUGGUACCAGGAUGGAAAAAAGGUCGACCCCUCUACCGAUGGAUAAGCUCUAUUUAACCAAAAACGGACAAAAGAGGGACAUUUUGGUGACAUUCUUUCUUUUGUCACAGCCUUUGCUCGUUAAAAAUGUGCUAAAAUGUCAAUUAAAAGCUCUUGAUGGAAACAGAACACUAAAAUAAGGAAUGUAAACACUUAAACCAGCGCGUGACUCUGAUGCAUUUCUGAUUGUUUCGCUAAUACUAACUGGGCUGGAGCUCAAAACUUGCUCUCUGGUUUGGUUUUAGGGGGAUUUUUUGGUUGUAUUUUAUUGUAUCUGUUUAGUAGUUUCUGCCAUUUAUUUUUGCCAGUUUUGAACCCCAUUUACAAAAGGAACAACUCAUGGAGCAAAAUCUGACAAUUUAUGGAGCAGAAUCUGACAGUAGCCUGUGUGGAUUAGACACAAAUCAAACACCAUUUUCUGUUAUUUAAAACACAGAAACAUUCUUAAAGUUGAAACAGUUUUCUUUUGGAUAAACUUAGAAUAAACAUUCCUAUUGUACACAGUAUUUUCUCUUUCCCCCCCAUUGCAGAGUCCAAGUUGAAGCCUGUCAGGAUCAGCUCCAUGUAAGGGAAUCAAACAUUACAUACUUCAGUGGUCAUUCCUGCUGCUUCCCCCUGUUGAAUCCAACAAAUUAGCUCUCUGUACCUCAUUCCAAGUGUUUUGUUUAUGGAUUUUAUUUUCUAUUGUGAUUUGAAGCUCAAAGCUUAUUUUCCAACACCCUGAAYCUUUUUAAGCRUGCAGCUCUCCAUUUCUCGCCUGCAAGUGGCGUCCGGUAGGAGGGAAAGGAAGCAGACUUUGUUUGGGCGGGGGGUGUUUGAACAUCGGUCGAUAUGUUAAAAAAACAAAAAAAAAAAC